CGAAACAAUUAAAAAGAUCGCAUCAUAUGAAAAUUUAAAUAUAGCAUUAUUCAGACUUGGUCCAGUACUGUUAUAUAUAUGAUCUAAAGAUCAUGUUCUUGAGGACUUGCUAAAAAGGUUUGAUACAAAAUGUGGAGGCUGAGGAUCGGAGCUAGGGACGGAGAUGAUGAGACUCACUUGUUCAGCACCAACAACUACACCGGAAGGCAGACUUGGGAGUUUGAUCCCGAUGCAUGCUGCCCAGAGGAACUCGCUGAGGUCAAUGAAGCUCGCCAUAAUUUCUUAAUAAACCGGUCACGUUUCAAGAUCAGUGGUGAUCUCCUUUGGCGUAUGCAGUUUCUAAGGGAAAAGAAGUUCGAGCAGAAGAUUCCGAGAGUGAAGAUAGAAGAUGCGGAAAAGAUAACGUACAAAGACGCGAAGACGGCACUGAGAAGAGGGCUACUCUAUUUCACGGCGUUGCAAGCUGAGGAUGGACAUUGGCCUGCUGAAAACUCUGGCUGCUUGUUCUUCGAAGCUCCCUUUGUCAUAUGCUUGUACAUUACUGGACAUCUGGAGAAAAUCUUGAGUUUGGAACAUCGCAAGGAACUAUUGCGCUACAUGUACAACCAUCAGAAUGAAGAUGGUGGGUGGGGAAUACACGUAGAAGGCCAAAGCGCUAUGUUCUGCACGGUCAUCAAUUACAUUUGCCUACGGAUUUUGGGAGUAGAAGAAGCAGAUCUUGAUGAUGUCCAAGGAAGUAGUGGGUGUGCAAGGGCUCGUAAGUGGAUCCUUGAUCAAGGUGGUGCUACGUAUACGCCCUUGAUCGGAAAGGCUUGGCUAUCGAUCCUUGGAGUGUAUGAUUGGUCCGGUUGCAAACCUAUACCGCCUGAGCUGUGGAUGCUCCCUUCUUUUUUGCCCUUCAACGGAGGUAUUCUGUGGAUUUAUUUCCGGGAGAUUUUCAUGGCCAUAUCAUACUUGUAUGGUAAAAAAUUUGUAGCUACACCAACACCUCUCAUAUUACAGCUUCGGGAAGAGCUUUAUCCUCAAUCUUAUGACAAAAUCAUAUGGAGUCAAGCUCGCAAUCUGUGCGCCAAGGAAGAUCUCUACUAUCCACAAUCAUUUUUACAAGAGUUGUUUUGGAAAGGUGUUCAUAUAUUGUCAGAGAACAUCGUGAGUCGAUGGCCUUUCAACAAGCUCAUCAGGGAAAAAGCUCUUCGAAAGACAAUGGAACUCCUUCAUUAUCAAAAUGAAGCCAGUCGAUACAUUACUGGUGGAUGCGUCCCAAAGGUUAAUUAUAACGGUAUUCUAUUACUGAUUUCCACUUUUAUUUGAUAGCCGCUUCAUAUGCUUGCUUGUUGGGUAGAAGACCCAGAUGGUGAUUAUUUUAAGAAACAUCUUGCUCGAAUCUCCGAUUACAUAUGGCUUGCGGAGGAUGGUCUCAAAAUCCAAUCUUUUGGUAGCCAAUUGUGGGAUACAGCACUCUCACUUCAAGCCAUCUUAGCUUCUCAUGAUAUUGAUGACGAUGAUGAUGAUAUUAAAUCAACGCUGAUUAAAGGCUACACUUACUUGCAAAAAUCUCAGCUUACAAGAGAUCCUCCUGGUGACCAUAAGAAAAUGUUGAAAGAUAUUGCCAAAGGAGGAUGGACAUUUUCGGACCAAGACCAAGGCUGGCCUACUUCGGAUUGUACUUCUGAGAGUUUAGAGUGUUGCCUUAUCUUUGGAAGCAUGCCAUCGGAGUUUAUUGGCGAGAAAAUGGAUGUAGAGAGGAUCUAUGAUGCCGUUAAUUUGCUUCUUUAUUAUCAGAGCGAAAAUGGAGGCGUAGCAGUGUGGGAGGCAGCUCGUGGACGAUCUUGGCUAGAGUGGCUUAGUCCGGUGGAGUUUAUGGAAGACACAAUGCUCGAGCAUGAGUAUGUAGAAUGUACGGGGUCAGCGAUAGCGGUAUUGGCUCGGUUCUUGAAAGAGUAUCCUGAGCACAGAAGGGAAGAGAUUGAAAGGUUUAUCAAGAAUGGUGUCAAAUACAUAGAAAGAUUUCAAAUGCCGGAUGGUUCUUGGUAUGGAAACUGGGGUGUGUGUUUCAUUUAUGGAACCUUUUUCGCUGUAAAAGGUCUAGUGGCUGCAGGCAAGACUUACCAGAAUUGUGAGCCGAUUCGUAGAGCAGUUCAGUUCCUUCUGGAGACACAAAACGUUGAAGGCGGUUGGGGUGAGAGUUAUCUCGCUUGCCCCAACAAGAAAUAUACGCCUCUAGAGGGAAACAGGAGCAAUGUGGUGAAUACAGGACAAGCACUGAUGGUUUUGAUUAUGUGUGAUCAGAUGGAGAGAGACCCUUUGCCUAUUCAUCGCGCAGCUAAACUGUUGAUCAACUCUCAGAUGAAUAAUGGCGAUUUCCCGCAAGAGGACAUAAUGGGAGUGUUCAAGAUGAAUGUGAUGAUCAAUUACGCAACCUAUAGAAACAUUUUCACUCUUUGGGCACUCGCAUACUACACAAAGGCGUUGCGCCUGCUCCUCUGAUGAAGAUUUCACUUUGAUGCUUGAGCUUGAGGUUUUCCAAAAUAAGAUUGAGGUUUAUUAUAUGAUAAAAAGAUCCAAUCGAAAUCAUGUGUUACUGCUUUUGAAAACACGUUUUAAGGAUUUUCACCACGUUACAAUCUCUGUAUUUUGUGUGCUUUUACUGUACUAUAUAAGUCUAUAAUAAGCAUGUCUCAACCUUUCUAACUUCUUUUGGAAAAGCUAAUCAAUUCUUUCAAGAUUAUACAUCACCAUUUGUUCUAGAGCUGACCUGAAGUCACUUGGAGGCAGGCACUGCAGAUUCUUUAUCGCGUCAUCAGCUUUCUCCCUAGCCAACUCUUGUGCUCUCCUGAUUCCCCCACCUUCACUCACCAAUCCAAUAGCUUCUUCCAGUGAACC